CAAGUGAUGCCUCACAAAAAUCCCAACUUUGAACUCAAUUUUCCAUACACAGAUACCAUCUCUCUCUCGAUCCUCUCCUUGUCCCUGCCUUUUUCCGAUACCUCAACCUGUCGCUGCUUGAUCCUUCACUUUCGGCUAUUAACGGCUACCAUUCACUGCUGUUUCGGUUAUAGAAGGGAAUUUUGUGCUUUGCAGGAUUUACACCUGGUCUUGACCAUAUAUUUGGUGACUGAAACAGUCACUUUGGGUGUAUAUAUCAACGCAGGAUUAAGAAAAUGACAGUUUUUUGGUAGACCCACUUGCUGCAUGGGAAGUCUUUCUGACUUUAAUCAGGGCAACAUGGCUAGGAAGAUUCUUACCCUGAAUAGCAUUGUUGACGGCCUUGAAGCUCCUCGAAAUAGCUUGGAGUUGCAAGUAGAAAAUUCUCAGAGCUGUUAUACUGGAGCAGAUUCCCUGUGUUGCUAUCAGAUUGAAGACGACUGGUCUGAAAAUAACCAUUAUCAAGUUGAGGCUUCCAUGAAGAAAUUGAUUAAUGAGGAAAUUUCGAGACAGCCUUACUCCAGAAAAAGUGCUCCAAACAUUGUGGCCCGACUGAUGGGCAUGGACAUGUUACCAUUAGAUACAAAGUCUGUAGUUCAGCCGAACCAUAGAAAGAAUGAAAACGGAGUCAAGUUUUCCAAAAAGGAAAGGAACGUAAGGGCCUCUGCUACCCAUUUCUCGUAUAAUUCAAAUUCUUCAAGGCAGCACCUCGAUUUGGUUGACCAUUAUAGUGAGAGAGAAUCUGAUGGAUGGGAUAACGGGCAAAAGUCAGGAAAGCUGAGGCCUCGUGAACAUCCUCAAGAGGAGGAGCUGCAAAAGUUCAAGAAAGAAUUUGAAGCAUUGCAAGCUGCCAGGUUUAGGAUGUGUUCUAGACCUUUAGAGCUUGGAAUCUUAGGGGAUGUCAAUAGACAUCCUGUUUCUCAGGAUAAUAUGAGUGGAGGUAAAAUGGAAUCUUACACCAACAAACCUAGUGAUCAUAAGGGUAUUAAGUUAAAAGCGAAGUUACAUGAAAGAGAUGGUUUACGGCACCACAAACAUAAAUCAGAACUAUAUCCAUCUGAGCAAAAUGAAUAUUUUUCUUUGGAAAGCAGGAACAUGAGUGGAGAUUUUGAACCGUCUUCCCGGAAAACUUAUGAUCAGAAACCGGAUAAAUAUUAUGCCCCAACAAAAAUUGUUAUACUGAAGCCAGGUCCAGAUAGAAUUUGUGAUCCUGCAGAGUCACGGACCAGUUCCUCUGGUACUGUGGAGGAGAGAGGUAGCAUAGAAGAUUUUCUGGAGGAGGUGAAAGAACGGCUGAAGUGUGAAUAUCAAGGAAAAGUUCUUAAAAAAAGUCAUGUGGUUAGAGGAAGUGGGAUUGAGACCCCUUUUAGUGAAAAGUCACCAGAUCCAAAGAAAAUUGCUCGACAUAUAGCAAGACAGGUCAGAGCAAACGUUACCAGGGAUGGUGGUGUGAAUUUGCUUCGAUCAGAAUCAACAAGAUCAUAUAAAAGUGAAGUUCAGUUCAAUGGACCAGGUUCCCCAGAAUUCAUCAGUAGAGACACAAGGACAUUCUUGUCUGAGAGGCUGAGGAAUGUUCUGAAGAGAGAAAUACAUCUGGAUGUUCCUGAAGCUUUCAGUGGCAGCACCAGAUCAUCUGCUUUAGGUAAUGAAAAAGUCGGAUUAAAAAGUAAGUCAACAGCUAGAAAUGAGCUGAGGUACUGGGAAAUUGUGAAUGAUGAACAAGAGAUGCAAACAAGAUCUUUCAGGCAUGAAGAUGAUGAUGGUGCUCUCCCGAGGGAAUUGUCUCCUAGGAACCUGAUAAGGUCAUUGUCUGCCCCUGUAUCAGGAACAUCAUUUGGGAAGCUUCUUCUAGAGGAUCGCCACAUUUUAACUGGUUCCCACAUCAGGAGAAAGCAUGAAGUUGUCGAAAAUGUGUCACUGGAUAUGAGAAAAAGGAAGAAGGAUAGGUUCAACUUCAAGGAAAAGGUUUCUCACUUUAAAUAUAGUUUCACUCUUAGAGGGAGACUGUUUGGCAGAAAAAUGCACUCAGUGGCUGAAUCACAUAGGAAUGGCAGAAAUAUGCAAUCAAUGGCUGAAUCACAUAGGAAUGAGCAUGAUUUUGCAAAGGAUCUCUCGAGUGGACCAACAGUUGUUAUGAACUUCCGUGAAAGACAUGAAAAUCCCACUGAGGUGCCUCCUAGCCCUGCAUCUGUGUGCAGCAGUGCUCAAGAAGAGCUCUGGAGACCGAUAGAUUAUCUCAGCCCGAUAUCAACGCCGGAUAUGAUGGGAGAAGAUUUUGCUAUGCCAGAGGUUUUUAAAGAAAUCAGUUCCAACUUGAAUGAAUUACGGAGGCAACUCAAGGAACUUGGGUAUGAUGCCCAUGAGAACCCAGAUCAUACCACGAAGGAGCACAUUGAGUCUGAAAUGGUUGAUUUAGAGGAUCAGGCAGAAUCUUACAUUAGAGAUUUGCUUGUUGCAUCUGGUUUCUAUGACGGAUCAUACGAUAAAUCGUUAUGGAGAUGGAACCCCCUUGCAGGGCUAAUCAAUACCUCAGUCUUUGAAAAAGUGGAAGAAUCUUAUAGAAAAUCAGUCAAGGGUGACGAUAGUACAAUUACCGAUCAGAAUGUAAAGAAGUUUGAUCACAAACUGUUACUUGAUCUGUUGAACGAGGCACUUUCAAUUGUACUUGGACCACCUGUGGCCAUAUCUAGAUUUAGGAGAAAGAUCAAUGAUUUCUCCAGGCUGACUGCUCCACGUGGAAGGAAAUUAUUGGAUAGUGUUUGGGAGAUGAUCCAAGAAUAUUUAUAUCCUCCAACUGAGAAAUCCUACUACUCACUUGAUGACAUGGUGGCACGUGAUUUGGGAUCGGCCCCUUGGACUGGCUUGAUGGACGAUGAAGUAACCUCUUUGGGAAAAGAGUUGGAAUGCCUGGUUUUGGCAGAUUUGAUUGAGGAAACUGUGAAGGAUUUUCAUUUAUGACAGUACACGGUAACUUCUGCAGUAUGAUGACACUGACGGUCAGCAGAUGGCAAAUUAUUUGGUGGUGAGAUUGAGUAAGACAGAGGCUAUUAGGGCAUCAACGUACAUAUUCAUGUUUUACAUGGUUUUAUCCUAAGUAAUAUGAGGAUUGCCAUGUUUUCUUGAGCAUGACUGCAUGAGCUUGUAAAUAUAUUCUUUGGGUGGUGUGAUGUAGGGUCUUGGGUUAGCCAGUUAAAGACACAGUAUAUAUGCUAAUUUAAAUUAUUAGAUUAUUCUUUGACAAAA